GAGAACUGAGUUGCCAAAAUUCAAAUUUUAAAAUAUUAUCCCCAAAACUUUCUUUUGUAUGCUACAAGUUUCUCUGUUUCCAUAUCUCAAAACUGUUUUGGCUCGUGGAGAUGGAGUUUCACCGAAUGAAGAGGAAGGAACUACAAGCCAUGUGCAAAAAGCAUGGAGUCCCUGCAAAUCUGAAAAAAAUCGAGAUGGCUUAUAGACUCACUUCUCUUCUCGAGGAUGGACAGUCAAAGAAUAUGUUUGAGACUACUGUCAAGAAAACUCAAGUUGAGUCUGUUCAAAAGGAGUUAGCUGUCGAAGAAUUUGAUGGUUAUUGCGAGGGCGAGCUUGUCAAGGUUACGUUAUCAGGUAACCAGGAACCCAUACGUACUGAUAUAACUGAGGCAGCAAUGGAGUUAGGCUCUGAGAAACUUUCACUGCUGGUAUGGGAAGCGUACAAGGAUGCAUACGCAAAGAGUCUUGUGGUUACGGAGGAGGAAGAGGAGGAGGAUGUAGUUGGCAGCAGAAAGGUUAAGAAAGUAAAGUUCAGCCCUGAGUCUGAGAAUCAAGUCUUCGAGUUCACUCGCUCUCUUAAGAAACUUCCUAGGCGUAAGAAUGCUAGAACGUGUAGUAGCCAAGGUGGAGGAAGUAUAGAGCUGAGGAGGUCGAAGCGAACUGCGUCUAAGGGGGCGACAGUAGCUGCUGGAUGUAAUGGAAACUCAGCUAGUGGGAUUGUUAAGCCUGAGAAAGUAUCUUCUAGUUUGGUUGAAGAGCAUAGGGGAAAAGAUGAUUAUAAAGUUGAAGUGGUUCUUAGGCGGUCUAAGCGUUUUGCGAAUGACAUCAUCAAGAAUGCAAAUGAAACACUUCUAAAUUCAUAGAAAAGAGUUACUAGGAAAAGAGGAGCAUGACUCUAUUAGUCUAGACUUUGGAGAGGGUUCAAGUCAACAACACACAAGACUAGUAUCAUGUUCUGUUAUGUUCUAUUGUUCUCCUUGUGUUAUUAUCUAUUAGACUGUCGGUUUGUGGUGAAGAAGCUUCAUUUGGUCAGUUUUUGUUGGUGAAGCUUUUGUGGUGGAGGUUCUUUAGUCGGUUUUGGUGUUUGUAAACCCAUUUUUUCUUGUCUAAUGAUGUUUCUAAA